AUGGCAGGAGACGACCCGUUCGCCUUUUUGGCAACCCAGGAACCCCCCAAACCGUUGGAGCAGUCCAAGUCAGUCCGCAGAUUGAAUUGGGGCGGAUCCAAAAUCAACGACCAGAAGAGUCGAUGGCGCGAAAAGCUGUUUAACAAGGACCGAGAGAAACAAGCGGCAGAGACAGAGAGGCAGGUUGAUGAUUUCCUCGGCCAUGCUCGCCCGCGACCAUUGCCUGAAGCGCCGAGCCUACCUGCCCUCGACUUGGGUCCCUUCACUACCACCACACCGCAACCUCGAGCUUUAUCUACCACCCCCCCCCCUCCGAAGAAGCGCCGGGCGAAACCAAAAGGCUUGCGUGUGACGUUUUCGGAUAAACGACCAGACGUGAUUGGCGAAGGCGGAGAUGAGUCGGAGGAGCCAACCAUGGAGAUAUCCAGGAAUAAGGAACGGGCGGCUAUUCAAGGGGCCAAGACACAGAAUGAAGAAUACGAAGAUUUGGAGAAUCGUCGACCCACACUUCCCAAUCUACAUGUGGAUACCUCUUUUGCUGGUGGCAGUGACGCCUCAGGUGGGAAAACGGGAAAGGAUCCUCAAUGGACACCCUUGCUGCUCAGUCCUCAGGAUCAGGAUUUGUUAAUGGCAUUCAAUGCGGGAGAGCGAGGAUCUAGGUUAUCUCUUAGGGCGUCUUCCGAUUCCAACUCGUUCGCUCGCCGUGUGCAAGCGCGAAUGCAAGCAGAGGAAGGUCUAGCGUUACAGAACCGUUUAGAGGAUGACCCUGUUUCUCCUACGACUGCCGAUAGCGAGUCGCGAUUACAGAAACAGCAAGAUACGUUGCCUACACGUCCGUCAUUCAAUUCUCAGCGAUCCCAACUAUCUUCCCAGUCAUUAGCUGUCGACGAUGGAAUUUCUGCUUCGUUAUCUCUCCGAACGAGUCCCGUCCCCGCUGUCCACGAACAAGCCAAGAUGCUUCGACAAGGAAACAUUCCCGAAAUAAUGUCACCGAACAGCUCUGGAGGCACCAGAUGCUUCUCGAUCAAUGGCCCCCCUGCGCCUCGUUCAGCAAAGAUGACACUUCGUUCUGUCGCCAAUGCCAUGGGUGAUCAUGCGUACCAGGACUUCACAAACCAUGUGGGAAAAUACAGCAGUCUCUAUCAUAUGGCUGCAGAAAGCGUGAAGCCGUUGAUGGAGACUUCCUUUCCCGAAUGGGUUCGAGCUUCUACCUGGUGGUUUUUAAGAGGCCGAUCUGGUCUUGAAUCUGCCGUUCGAGCCGGCCGAAGCCCUGAAAAUAACUUAGCUGCGCAAGCUGUUGUUGAUCUUGGUAAAUCUUGGUGGAUUUGUACUGAAAUUGUACCUCACCACCCCGAAUUGACCCGCUACGGAAGAAUGAGUGUAGAAGCUCUGGCAGCUGUGAUCAAUACUACAGGUGAUAAUAGGAUGGCUGGCUUGGUGAACCUGCACCAGAAGGUGCUCAAUCAUUUACGCGCAUUAACUGUGUCAAUGAAACGUAAUCAAAUUCUUACCGCUCUUGAAUCUUAUGCUAUGGAGCCGACUAUCGACUCGGCUAUUUGGAUCAGGUAUCCGUUCUUUGCACCAGAUGUGGCCGCAGCUUUUUCUGCAAAUAAUCGGCGUUCCAUGUUGAUUGAUUCAACAUCUCAUCUCACCUCUACUCCCGAUAUGAUGCUCUUGGGCGACACUAGCCGCUUCUUUAGCUAUGCCACUAUGUUUGUUGAAGUUUCACUCUCAGGUGACGAGGAUUUCGACUCUCCGCAAUACGCCAUUCAAUGCAUAUUAUCGAUUAAGCGAGACCGGAACGACUGGUACGUUCUGGCAUCGAUUUCAAGCCAGAGUGAAUUGGUCAACAUUACGAUUCAAUCCGACAGGAAGAAUGGUCCUACGUGGGAUGAUGUCAACUGGCACGUCAAAACUCGCACGAUGACAAUCAAACUUCGUCGUGGGUUUGAGCUGAACGUUGCCUUUCAAGAGAAGGAUUUCAAAAUGAUCUGGAACAUCGUCCAGUAUACCCUUAAAACAGAAGCUAGUUUGCAACCUGAAACAGGUGAAACCAAAAUCUUCCAUGACACACUUAAGGUGUUCCAAUACAUGGAUUCCGGCACCCCCAAGGCCUUUCCUCCUGAGCCGUCUCCGCAGUGUCGAAUGGCAUUGUUUGAAAGGACAGUUACGAUCACAGAAGGUACGGGCAAACGCAAAGCUCACCGAGGAUUCAGGUUAUCUGUGGUUACUAGCCCUCAAACCAAGACUUUGAGCAGCGUUCGCCACAUACUCGGCUAUGGGGCUCCCAUCGUUUUUGGCUAUCUUCGCGGAGAAAAUGGAGCGCCGGCUCUUUUACUCAAUUUGAAAGAGGAGUCGAGAGCGCGCUCAAUGGUAUUGACUUUUGAUCGAAUCGAACAGCGUACCCUUAUGCAUUCCUUGUUGCUCGGCAUGCUUGCGAACGAAAAGGAACAUACCUCUCCUAACAUCCCUAUACGCUCCUUUAGUAUCGAGCAGCCUGGCGAUUUUAAUCUGGGCGCUCAGGACAUCUCACAUAUCAAAUUCAACUCUGGUUCUAUUUCUGUUAUUAAUUUAGAACCCAUGUUUAUUAACCAUGCAUAUUCCCCGAACAUUUUGUCCGAGAACCUGCGUGUUUUGGUCAGCACAGAUUGGGGUACGGUCACUGAUCGAAUUAACUUGGGUCCCGGAGAAUUGAAGAUUAGCUUGGAUGCGAACUUCAAUACUGCAUUAUACAUGUACCGCGCUCAGCAGGAAGACUUGACAGUAUCUAUAGCUGAAAACCUCGUGGAAAAGGACUUGCCGGAUCGUGUGACGCAGUUUCUGGAAGCUGCCAGGUCUAAAGCAAUGGUCCGCUGUUACGAAUUUGCUACAUUACAGGCUCUACAUGAAUUCCAAGAAAUUGUGACCGGGUAUCGAGUCGCUUAUGAUGGAAUGGCAGUUUCGUUUGCCAUCGCGCGCCGACGCAUGGUUGUUCCAAUCCACAAGAAAUGGGAGGCAAGCUCGGUCAGGCUGCAACUGGUGUAUCAGAAUAAAACCGUGCAAUUACUGGCGUUCUUCGGCAACGACUUUAGCCACGGUACAUGCAUGAAUUUUGUGCUCAAAGGAACCGAUACCUACGAGAGCUCGAAUCGUUCAGGGAAGAUUGCAGUUCGCAUUGUCGACGCUAAAUUUGCACUCCCGAAGAAAGAAGAGGAAGCCUCUGAAUUUGUCUCUCUGGACAUGCCGGAUUAUCCUAGUGAACAUGACGAUAUCACUAUUUCUUUCGAGUCGGAGCAGGAGCGAGCUAGGUUUUAUACUGCUCUGCCUGGCGCAAUCCGAGAGCCAACUCGCAUGCAAUCUUUACGACGAUGA